CUAAAUUGUUCUUUGACCUUUGAUCCUAAACAUGGCGGCAAAGUGAACGGGACAAUUUUUUGUGGUGACUUUAGCUCAAAUUUAGGCCUUUCUCGAGCCUUACAGAGAUGACACGUAUGCGGGAGAACGACCUGAACCGUCCCGGGGCGGCAGGGAACAUACCGGGGGAGCCAGACGGCUGGAGCUGGCUGCUGGGCUUCGUUAUACCGGCCGUGGUGCCGCCGCUUGUCGCUUGGAUUGUCCACAGGACUGAUGAAAAGGAGAAACAAAAGUUGGAGAAAGAACACCAACAUGAAACCUUGAAAGCCAAGAUACAGAUGGACCAUCUUGAGCAAGAAAGUGGCACUGUUCGUGACAAACUGACAAGCGUGCAAGAAGAAAACUCUAAGCUGCGUGCAAAGCUGGCAAGUCAUCACGAAGUCAAGGAAAGGGAUCAACACUACAUCUCAAAGCUGGAAGAAGAAAACCAAACCCUCAAGCAAGACUACAAGAAACAGCAAGAGCAAAUAUACCAGCUUGCACAAAGGCUUAGCGAUGCAUAUGUAGAAACAAAUGUUUCGAAGGAACCGGAAAGUCCGAAGGAAGCCAGAAUGGGACCCUUUGGUUUCACUUUGAAGGACUCGCAGGCGUACAAACAGAAGGAACGAGAGAUCCGUGCAAAGGAGGAAUACCUUACCAAGCUAGAGAAGCAGCUACGAGAGAGACAAGACAUGAAGUGUAGUUACUGGAACCCCAUGAAGAGCAGCUGGCAUCGGGAGCACCUAGAGCGACAGAUGUUGGGAGAGGCGGACACCAGCGUCCACGCUCGCGGUCUCCGCGUUCCGGCAGCUCUGCGCGAGAUCUUCAAGUACGACGACUACUGCGCACAGAGACCAGAGGAUCAUGGGAGACUAAUGUGGACAUUUUGGAGGCAGUGGAAGAUGGAGGUAGAGAGGGAGAAGUAUAAACUGUUGGCUGAGAGAUUGGCUCAGGAUCCACGCAAGAAUUAACAAUUAUGAAAGCUAGAGUAGCAUCAAGGAUACAAAUUCUUCCUAAAUACUUAUGCUGAAGCAACCUCAUUUAAAACAGUGAAACAAUUUGCUAAAGCUAUACAGUAAAGAAAGUUCAGAAAUCUAAUGAUAGUUCCCUGUAUCAUAAUUCCUGUUGAUUUAGACUGAUUCACAAAGUUUGCAAAGUUAUAACAGAAUGAUAUGAAAGAAUGGGUUAUGUGAUUGCUCCAUUGUCUAAUAUCCUAUAAGAUCUUUCCUAACCUCUCCAGAUUUGAAUGAUCAACUGUUCCUAAAUACACUGUAAAUUUGUCAUCUAGUAUAAAUGCUAGAAAAUGGCUUGAUUUUAGACCAUUACUUUGUAACAAAGUAAUAUGACAGUUACAAUAUUAAUUAAAGUUACAUGAACAAGGGAUUUACUUAAGAGAAAUCUUACUAUGAAAGAAAGACCACAAAGUUACAAAUUGUAUAUGACUGCUGCUAGGAAGGAAUGUACACUGUACAUUGUAUAAUGUGUAUAGAAAUUUCAUGUAAAUUACCAAUAUUGCAUUGUUAGGGAGAUACAUAUAGCAAGACCUGCGGUGAAAAUUAAAAUUGAAUUGC